AUGUGGAAACUCUAUAUCAUUGUUAUGCACUACAUUGCUGGUUUCUGUGUUAAGGUUGGAAGUGAAGUCUUACGGAAAGAAUUUGGGAGUAUUUCCAAUGGUUAUCAUAUGGUACGUGUUCUUCGCUGUUGCUCUUCAAAUCCACGGAUUCGCUAUGUACUUUUCGUACCAUCUAGCCGCGGCUUGGACACCGAUGAAACGGGACUAGCUGAAUAUGUUGUUAGAGGACUUUUCACUUUGUUCAUGAAAGUCUUAUUGUUAUUUAUUAAAGAUACGCAGUUCUUGCUGACCCAAAUUAGUUCUGGUAUAGCUUGGGGCACCUUGAAUUGUCAUUCUAUCAUUGUUACUGGACUGCCUGAAAGGAUGUGGGGUUGCGGCUUCGAUGAACAUGACGAGGAAUCUACUGAUCUAGCUGUCAUCAAGCAGCAAUUCAUGCAUGAACCAGUAAUAAGCUCUUUUGCUUUUCCACAACCUCCCCUGGGCAUACAGGCGAAAGACUUUGUGGCAACCCAUUUUGGUAAGGAUGCCAAGAACAUGCAGUUCCGGAAGGGUACAACUACUCUCGCUUUCAUUUAUGAGCCUGCUACAGCUAAUGACAAGGGUGGAAUUAUCGUUGCUGUCGAUUCACGGGCAUCUUCUGGAGAAUAUAUCUCUUCGAAAUCAGUUAUGAAGAUUUUGGAUAUUGGUGAUCGUAUGGUCGCUACAAUGGCCGGAGUGCCUGCAGACUGCCAAUUUUGGACCCGAACUGUUGCCAAGUACUGCAACGCUGCCAGCAAAUACUUUGCCAAUGUUCUUUAUGGAUACCGUGGCAUGGGACUAUCUGUGGGUUCGAUGAUUGCUGGUUAUGACAAGAGAGGGCCGCAGAUAUUCAAAGUUGAUAGUGACGGUGACAGGUGCCAGUUGCACAUGUGUAGCGUUGGUUCUGGCUCUUUGAAUGCUUAUGGUAUCCUCGACACACAUUACAAGCCAAAAAUGACUGACGAAGAAGCUCUGAAGUUAGGUCGCCGGGCAAUCAUGCAUGCAACCUACAGAGAUUCUGGGUCUGGCGGCGUGUGUAAUUUGGUGCACAUCACUCCAACCGAGAAACAUCGUCUUCCACCGAUCGAUGUGAGCAAGUUGUGGUAUGAGUUCUCGGACGAACUUGGUCGUGACAUUGUUUUCUCAGCGACUGAAUUUAUUCAGCUGCAUAUGGACGAGUUCCUUUCCUUAUGUGAUGCAGAAGAAGAUGUGGACUCUCCUGAAUGCGAUUCGUUCGUAACAGCGCCUACCGAAUUGACGCUGAAUAGAACGGAUGAUCUGUCGGGAUUUGAGUCGUUUCUUUCGGCACGAUCCAUUAUCUCCACUGCUAACGAAGCACAUUCUGCCGAUGUUUCCCAUGAUUCAUCACAUCAUGAAAGAACAUUGACCGAGGAAGCAAUUCAGUCAAGCAUUGAAGAGCUCGAUAGAAAGAGAAGGGAACUCAUCGUGCAAGCACGGGCCACAAUUUUCGGUGACGACGCUAAAGUGGAUGAAGAAGAGAGCAAGAAAUCUACAUCGACAUCGAAAACUGGUCCAAGACUUGUGGACUUGGAUUUUGAUCCUGCUCCAACCAAAGAUGAACCCUGUUCGUCGAAGCAGAUUUUGCUGAAUUCUGAUAUCAGCGAUGACGAAAUGAUGGACAACAGGAAAGAUCUGAGCGAAUCUGGGAAGCAACUUCAAAGGCAGCUCGACAAGCAGGAUAGAGAACGGCCCCCUUCGCGAGGACGGCUCGUCUCACCUACUCCGAUAUUAAAGAAGAAACCCAAGGAAACAGUGUUGUCAGGUGUCGAAAAGAAAGAAAAUGUGGGAAGUGUGGCGCCAACACUCUUCGAUAAUUUUUUCCGUCUGAAUAUAAGGAAUCCUAAAAUAUCGUCUUCUACUUUCGAGUCCUACACAGAUGGCCAUAAACGUUUCCGUGUCUCCGAUCUCAGACCAAAUGCAGUGAUAACAGCCGAUAGCUGGACCACCGCUGGUGUCGUUGUCAAUCGCGAAGUUAGGAAAAGUGCUAAUGGUAAAGACUACCUUAUAUGGAAGCUACACGAUUUAAAGGAUUGCCAGCAGGCACCUGUUGUGGUGCUGCUUUUUGGUGAGGCCUACAAAGAGUACUGGAAAUUGCAAGCCGGAAUAUGUGUUGCGCUAAUGACCCCAACGUUCGCUGACAGUGAUAGGAAUUCGAAUCCUAAUUUGGAUAAAUUUAAGCCACAGGCAGCACGUGUCACGCUGAAGGUCUUCAAGCCUGCACAAGUUGUUGAGCUGGGUUACUCUAGUGAUCUGGGCAUGUGUAAGGGGGUGAAACUGGACGGACAAAAAUGUGGUAAUUUUGUUAAUACUUCAUUGUCGGAGUUCUGUGUACAUCACGUCAUGAAGGAAGCACGAAAACUAUCAGCAAAUCGAGGGACGUUCAACAGCGUCACGUCACAACCACCUCCUAAAAAGACUAACUCUGGGUUGUACUGCAACUCCAUCAGAGCUGGUUUGUCGGGAGGGAAUGGAUUCGCCAAUCCACCUAUUUCAAGUAACAUUCGCCCCACUCAGAGAAAAAUAAAUGAAAGGGCUCAAAUGUUUGGUGCUCGAAACCUGAAACUUCUCAAGGAUUCGAAGAAAGAAGGAUCUGGGAAGUCAGUUUCGAGUGUCGCUACAAGUUCAAUGGCGGAUUUCAUAAAGAGCCAAGCGGGUUCUUCAAAUGGUUGUGCUUUACAUGCUCCGAAACUGGGAUAUGGCCUUUGUGGUGAGAAGAAUAUUAAUCUUGGUGUGACAUCUCUAAAAGGAAGAAGUGUGUCAACAAAUGAUCCAGCCCGGCUUCGCGCAAUUUCAAUUCUAAAGCGAACAAAGGAGCAGUCUACUUUGGAAUCCAAGUCAGCAAAAAGGCAAAGGGAAGACUCGAGCGAGGCCGCUUCCUCUAAACGAUCGAGGCUUACUCCUCUUGACAAUAAAGUUGAUCUUGAUGCACUUCUCAAGAAGAAGAGUAUGAACGACUCACAAGCAAACAAGGCUCAAGGAAUCAUGGCUCAGAAACACCUGGACGCGUUGGAAGCAAAAGAAAAAGUUGAGACUUUUGUCUCUGAGUGCAUGUCGGUAAAAGAUGUGAAGGUUGUUAGCUGUAAGAAGUGCGGUUAUACUGCUCAGCGGCAAAGUGAUUUCUGCAAACGUGAAGGCCACUGUAUUACACACACAACUGCAGAAAAACGAUUUUUCAAGUGUGGCUCUUGCAAGAAACGGGUUGUGGUCUUCAGCAUGAUGCCUACUAAACCAUGCAAGCACUGUGAUGCAAACGAAUGGAUUCGGGUGGCAAUGAAAGACGAAAGAAAGGUUCAGCUAGAAAAUGAGAAGCUGGCUGUUCGAGGCGAGGAACGAAAGUUUGUAAACAGUUGA